AUGAGCUUUGAGGUGGGCAGGAGGAAGGUAGAGGUGGGUUCAGUCCUGCUGGAGCCAGGGCCAGCUUUGAUGAUAACACAGAAGGGUUUGGAGCAGAGCAAGAGCCUGGCAGCUGCUGGCAGGGAAAGGACCUCAGAGCACUCCCCUGCUAUUUCCAGAGGAGCUGCUCUUUAUAGGAUAUGAAACCCCAGCACUUUGCAGCAAACUGCAACCCAGUACUUUGGUGAGAUCAGCAUCGGUACCCCCGCCCAGACCUUCAAGGUGGUGUUCGACACGGGCUCAGCCAACCUGUGGGUGCCCUCCUGCAAGUGCUCCCCCCUCUACAGCGCCUGUGGUGGGACAAGGGGUGCUCAGGGUGGGCUGGGGUGGGAUGAGCUUUGCCCAGGGGCUGGUCUGCUGCUCCCCAGGCACCGGGGCGGGGGUUUAGCCCCUCAGUUCCCUGCUUGUGCCCUUCCCCAGGUAUCGGACAUCCCCAUCAUCCAGGUCUUUGCAGAGGCAACAGCUCUGCCUGCCUUCCCCUUCAUCUUUGCCAGGUUUGAUGGGGUGCUGGGGAUGGGCUACCCCAGCCAGGCCAUCGAUGGCAUCACCCCUGUCUUCGACCGGAUCCUCUCCCAGCAGAUCCUCAAGGAGGAAGUGUUUUCUGUCUACUACAGCCGAACUUCGAAGAAUGCUCCCCUGAAACCUGGGGGGGAAAUCAUCCUCGGAGGCAGCGACCCAGCUUACUACACGGGGGAAUUCCACUACCUGAACGUCAGCAAGAGUGGCUACUGGCAGAUCAGCAUGAAGGGGGUGUCUGUAGGGGCUGAAAUCCUGUUCUGCAAGGAAGGUUGUUCAGUGGCCAUUGACACAGGAGCAUCUUACAUCACCGGCCCUGCUGGUCCCAUCUCUGUGCUGGUGAAAGCCAUUGGGGCAGCUGAAAUGGCUGAAGGAGAGUACGUGGUGGACUGUGACCGAGUCCCUCAGCUGCCCAACAUCUCCUUCCACCUGGGUGGGAAGGUCUACGUGCUCAGUGGCUCAGCCUACAUCCUCCGGCAAUCCCAGUACGGGGAGGACGUCUGUGUGGUGGCUUUCUCAGGGCUGGACAUCCCACCUCCUGCUGGUCCCCUCUGGAUCCUGGGCGCCAGCUUCAUCGGGCAUUACUACACCAAAUUCGACCGGCGCAACAACCGCAUCGGCUUCGCCACCGCCCGUUGA